AUGGUGAUCAUUCGUGUACACUCCUCCCUGCAGGCUGCGCCGCUCCUCCUCCUCGAGCCCUCCGUCUUGUCCAUCUACUGUGUCGCCUGGUCGCCAAUGAAGCCCCUGGUUCUUGCAGCUGGAGGCAGCGGCGGCCUCGUCUUCCUCUACGACCUCACUGUCGACCCCUCCAACCCUGUGCAGACCAUGCGGGCGUCUCCUCGGGUCGCUCGCGCAGGAGGAGCAGGAGGAGAAGGAUGGGAAGUGGAGUCAGAGGAGAGGGAGGCUGGAAGCAACGUGAACGCGCUUCUCUUCCAGGAGAGCGGGUCUUUGCUGGCUGCUGGCUGCUGGUCGGGAGAAACUCAUGUGUGGCGGCUGAGAAAUGAGUUGUGCGAGCAGGUGCCUGAAGACGGGGAAGCUGCCAAGAAAUUGCUAGGAUGA